AUGAACAUCAAACCAUCCAUUUCACAGCCUGACUUGUUGGUCCAACCCUUUGCUCCCACCUUGAAUCAAUCCUCUCUACCAAAGAUAUUGGAAAGAAAAGCUGAUAUCAACGUGAAGGACUUAUUGACGGUCGCUCCUGGUGUUAAGCGUGCACUGUUCAAAGCUAUUAAAGCUUCUUCUAUCUCCAAGAACGAUAGCAACAUUACCUUAAACUAUUUCGAGGACGACGAUGUUGAUACCACUGCGAUAUAUACAGAUUUCUAUGUCAAGAAUAUGCGUGUACGAAGCAUGUUGGAUACUGGAUCUGCAAAGACAUGUAUGUCUAAGGAUAUAGCCGACAAUUUACAGCUCGUAAUAGAUGCACCUUCUACAUCUGUCUUCACUCUAGGGAAUGGUACCAAGCAGGCUUCCUUAGGUAUUGUAUACGAUGUACCUUUGAACUUGGGUGGAAGCAUCACUAUUCCUGGAUCCAUCGCAGUUUUACCUGUGUGUCCUGCGAAUCUGAUCAUCGGUAAUAAUUGGAUGAAACGUGCUAAAGCCAAAUUAAAUCUCGAGGAAAAGGUCAAUAGAGUAGAGUAUAAAGCGGUGAAAGCCAAAUGCCCCUUUACCUACACGAAGACUCUUCAAAACAGACACGUCACUUCAACCAACAUGAAGUAUGCUAUUGAAGGAAACACUCAAAACAACAUCAUCUUGCCAGUGGUUAGAGAUUCUAAUAACGGUCUGGCAUCCGAUGAUGGAUAUACUUCCUCUGAAAAUGAUAGUGAUGUAGAAACUGAGGAACCUGAAGAUGAUAUCAAUGAAGAUUUGGAACCUGAAUCCUCUGACUCUGACGGUGAUAUGUUUGUGGAAUUUGAGGCUUUACAGACUAAAAUUCACGGAAAAAAAAGAAUAAAAAAACAGUAA